AUGAGAAAACUGGCUUUGGGAGCCUCCGAUUACUGUCCAGCCAGGGCCAAGUCCAAGAACCACACCACACACAACCAGUCCCAGAAAUGGCACAGUAAUGGCAUCAAGAAACCCCUGUCACAAAGAUACGAAUCUCUCAAGGGGGUCGACCCCGAGUUCCUGAGGAACAUGGGCUUUGCCAAGAAGCAUAACAAGGAAGGCCUUAAGAAGAUGCAGGCAAAUAAUGCAAAGGCCAUGAGUGCGCGAGCAGUGGCCAUCAAGGCCCUGGUGAAGCCCCAGGUGGUGAAGCCCAAGGUGCCAAAGGGCCCCAGCGGCAAACUCACCUGUCUCACUUUCAUUGCUCACCCCAAGCUUGGGAAGUGGGAUGAAAGCUACAUGACCAGGGGUCGUAGGCUCCAAAACAAAACAAAGCCCAAGGUUCAAGCCAAGGCAGAGGCCUCAGCUGUAGCUCAGGCGCCCAAAGGUGCCCAAGCCCCUGUGAAGGCCCCAUUAAAAAAGUAUGAUUGGGCAUCUCUGGGUAUAUUCCAAGGUGUGGAAUUGCUGGGUCCUGUGGUAGGUGACCUCGUUUACUGA